AUGUGUGUGGGCGGUCGGCUUGCCAAUGCACCUGUUUCCGAACAUAGAAAACAUCCGUUUAUCCUGGACCACCGUCACCCGUUGGCGCUAGCUUUGGCAAGGCACUAUCACCACAAGUUCUACCAUGCUGGACAACAGCUACUCAUCUCCAUUCUGCGUGAAAGAUUCUGGCCAACUAAUGCCAGCAGUUUGGUAAGAAAGGUCAUCCAUGGAUGCAUUCCAUGCUUUAAAAGCAAGCCGAAAGUCUUAGAGCAACUAAUGGCAGAUCUCCCAGCAGAGCGGGUCACGCCGUCAGCUCCAUUCCUUAAGGUCGGCGUGGACUAUUGCGGUCCCUUUUUUAUUAGUUACCCGAACCGGAGAGCCAAGCCGGUGAAAUGUUAUGUCGCAGUGUUCGUCUGCCUAUCAGUGAAGGCAAUACAUCUGGAACUUGUGGCGGAUCUAACAACACAAGCAUUCAUUGCGGCACUCAGGCGCUUCGUUUCGCGACGUGGCAGACCGCAACUCAUCAUGUGCGAUAAUGCCACAACAUUUGUUGGUGCAAACCGGGAGCUGAGGCAGCUCUACAAGCAGCUUAACGAAAGAGAAUUCCAAGAUCCAGUAAUCAAAGAAGCUGCAAACGAUGGCAUUACUUUUAAAUUCAUCCCCCCGCGUACGCCCAACUUUGGCGGGCUGUGGGAGGCCCAGGUAAAGUCUUUUAAAGCCCAUCUCAAGAAAUCAGUUGGGCUCCGAACGCUAAAGAACGACGAAAUGCUGACAGCUUUAGCACAAAUUGAGGCGGUUUUGAACUCAAGACCAAUGACAGCAAUCAGCAGUGAUCCAUCCGACUACGAGGCCCUAACACCGGGGCAUUUUUAG